AUGUUCCACCAGUCCAGCUGCGGAUCUCGUGAAGUCCCGGGCGUCUCAAACUCCGAGCAACGGCAGGACGGGGACGAGGAACAAGAGGAUGCUGGCGCUGAGGCUGCUGGACAGGAGGAGCGGGUGGCGGCGGAGCCGGAGCAGCGGGAGGGGCUGAGGCAGACGGCGCAACAAGAAGCGCCGACGCAACGUGGAGCUGGGGCUGCGCUGGCAAAACCAACGGCGGGUGUGGAGGAGGAGGCGCGGGAGGAAGCACAGGCGCCGGCUGUAUCUGAAGGGAGGCAAGCGCAGGCAGAGCCAGCACCGGCGGAGGCUGAGACGGUGGGGGAGGAACCGACGGCGGAGGCACCGCCGGCACAGGCGGUGGCGGAAGGACUUGCCGAUGAGGAGGAAAGGGCCCCGGCCGCCAGGGUUGAUGACGGGGACGCCGGGGAUGACGGAACGGCUGACCCCGGGGGCGGAGGUAGUACGGCGUUCGACCGGGUGGUGGGUGAUACACAGGGCGUCGGGAGUCCGGGGAUUGACGCCGCCCACGGCCCGAUCCGCCGCUCGAUUCGGCUUCAACCAAGUCCGCGGCGGCUCGGAGCAGGGCUGGCACCUGGCCUCCCUGGCCCCCUUCGGGGGUGGGAGUGCCAGACCUACCAACCACGACCUCACGGCGAGGGGCCUUCGCGGCCUUACCCGUCAUCGGCGAGAGCGGAGGAGGAGGGGGAGGCGGGCGAGAUUCCAGCAGAGGAGGAAGUUCUGCGACCGCCAAGUGCGGCGGGAAGGACGCGAGGAAGGGCACGGGGCCGAGCCCGGGGGCGCGCAGGGGCGCGGGGACGGGGGCGACGGGGAGCGGCGGUCAACGCGCGGGAACGGGUCAGAUCCGGACCAUGGCGGGAAAGGCACGGAAGGCCAGAGGGGGUGCCAGAGGAGGGGAUCGCUGAUAGGCCAGCUGCUGUUGACAACGAGGAGGGGGAGGAGGCUUAUAUGGCAUCGGAGGAAGGAGAAUCGGAAGAGGUCUCACUAGAUGACGAGCCUGGGGUGGGUAACCACCAGGGGAACGCCCGAUCUGGGAGAUCACGGAGGGGAGAAAAUGGGAGGGCAGGAGAGGAGCAACAGCACAGGGAGGCGCCAAACGGGGCCCCAAUAGGCCAACCUGCUGGCACGGAAGUGAGGGACAUGCGCUCACCCGAAGUGAUAGCUAGGGACGAGGACAUCUGGCGACAGGUGGCAGAAUGGGAGGUGGACGGCCUGCGAAGCAGUGAACAACCCUUCCUGGCAAGGAGAAUGCCACCUGGAGUGAUCGAUUCGUUUGCGGCGUGCCUCGUCAUCCCACUCCAGCGACUGAGGAAAAAUCCUACGUGCCCAGGAGCUUGGAGGGCACUCCUCUUUUUGCCACGGCUGACACUACGCGCCGAUAUCGACCCCAACUGUGCAAACCACUGGCAGGAUAUCGAGGGCAGACUGCAACAGUUCUGA